CACUCAAAAGUCUUCUGGAACCUGCCAUUCAUUUAUUCCUUAAAAACCUGUUUGAGAGGUAGAUCUGAUAAAGUCAGUUUAUUGCGUUAACUUUGUCGGAUUGUGAAAUACACUAAAGAGUCCAAUUUAACAAAAUAAUAAAAAGAACCAUCCAUAUACUUGCUAAACUGUUUACCCGACCUUACACCACCUUUGAAGAGCCCCGUGGUACUUGAGUUGCUGCACAGUAGAUCAGACCAGACUGUUACUUUAUUACGCGAUAUGACUGGUGGCCCUGAUCCUUGCAGACUAAUCUCCAAAGAAUUCUGUUUUAAGCCAAGUGCAGCCAAUUUAUAAGGGAGACAUUCUCAUUCCUCUCUCCCUGUAAGCGUCCGGACAGCAUCACUGCAGGCUCAUGGUGCCCCGCGAGGAAGGAGAAGAGUAAGCAGAUCCUCGUGUUGGGCCUGGAUGGAGCAGGCAAGACCAGUGUUCUCCACUCUCUAGCCUUAAACAGAGUCCAGCACAGCGUGGCACCCACCCGAGGUCUCAAUGCAGUGUGCAUCCACACUGAAGACAGCCAGAUGGAAUUCCUGGAGAUUGGCGGCAGCGAACCAUACCGUUCCUACUGGGAGAAGUACCUGUCCAGGGGACUGCUGCUCAUCUUCGUGGUGGACUCGGCAGACCAUGGCAGGUUACCUGAAGCCAAGAAACACCUUCAUCGACUAAUUGGAACCAACCCAGUCCUUCCUCUGGUUGUGUUUGCAAACAAGCAGGAUCUGGAAUCAGCCUACCCCAUUGCAGACAUCCAUGAGGCUUUGGCAUUGUCUGAGGUGGGCAACGAUAGGAAGAUGUUCCUGUUUGGAACCCAGGUAACUGAGGACGGCUCAGAGAUCCCUUGGGUCAUGCAGGAUGCCAGGGACCUGAUCGCACAGCUGGCUGCGGAUGCACAGUGAUGGCCCCCCGAGGCUCGCCAUGUGCACCUCACCGGAAUGGAAAGCGGCAGGCUGAAAGCCAGAUGUUUCCACUUUCCAAUAAAAAACAAGCCAUUUCCUGUUUUCUCCGCGCAUAGCAAUGUACAUUUAUAUAAAGUUAAUUGAUCAGGAGCACCUCUUUAUUUAGAUUUUGAACUUUAAAAAUAUCGGCAAAACAAUGUGUUCCCUGGCGGCCUAGCAGUUAAGGAUUCGGUGUCGUCACUGUUGUGGCUUGUGUUGGAUCCCUGGCCCAGCGGGAGUAACCCCCCCCAAAUAAAAACAAAACAAGGUACUUGGAGAGAUGUGGAUUUUUAAUCAACAGGAUAAAGUGAACAUUUGCAGAAUUCCCUUCAUGGCUCAGUGGUUAAGGAACCCAACUUGGAUCCAUGAGGAUGCAUGUUCGAUCUCUGGCCUCCAUUAGUGGGUUAAGGAUCCAGUGUUGCUGUGAGCUGUGGUGUAAGCGGCAGACGCGGCUCAGAUCCUGCAUGGCUGUGGUGUAGGCCGACAGCUGCAGCUGUUUUGACCUUAGCCUGGGAAUUUCCAUAUGCUUCAGGUGCAGCCCUGAAAAGACAAAAGACCAAAAAAAAAAAAAAAAAAAAAAAAAAAAAAAAAAAAAAAGAAGAAGAACUUUAGCAAGUAAUCAUCUCAUUUGUAGUUUCUCAGUGAAAUGAGAUUUCCAUUAUAAUAUUUUAAUAAAGUUUUUUAAAGUGAAA